AUGACGAUCGUCAAGCAAGAGCCGGGCACCGCGCCGACCGGCCUCAACGUCACCAAGACCAACGGUCAGGGUGGUGGCGGUGGCGAGGAAGACGCCAUGAAGGACAUCAAGCCCAAGAUCGCUGGCCUCGAGCCGAUGGGCCUCGACUUCAAGCCCACCACCCAGCCGUUCUAUGCUCCGAGGCUCCCCGGUCAAAUCCUGAUCCGCCUCCUCACGAGCAAGGGCACGCGUACCUACUCGUUCGAUCUUCUCAUCCAUAAGAGCAAGAAGGCCGAGGCGAUUAAGAACUACCUCGUCAAGUACUAUGACUACGAGUUUGACAAGCUUCGUCUCAUCUACGACGGCGAGAUCGUGCGCAACUACCAGACCCUGGAGGAGCUCGAGGUCGAGGAAAACGACACCUUCGACGUCUACCUCGAGCGUGGGUUACACUCCAUCGCCAUGCGAAUCCCUCCCGUCAUCAAGCAGGAAGCUCACCUCGCUGACUACUAUGGGUACGGGUUCGACCGCCUUCGCAUCAUCUACGAUGGAAAGGUCUUGCGCAAUGACGACACCAUGGCCGAGCUGGGCGUCGAGGACUAUGACACGUUUGAUGUUUCCCUCGAGGCCGAGCCUGUCAAGCCCCCGCAGGUCAGUCCUGCACCCAACAACAAAGAAGGCGAGCUGCCCCACGAAGGCAUCCGCAAGCAUGUCACUUGGGAGAUUGAGGGCCCGGCGAAGACUGGCGUCAAGUUUGAUCGAGCUACAUGUCCCAUGUUCGGGCCUAGGCCUCCUGGAAAGAUGGGUCUUAAGCUCCUUGGGAGGAAGGAUGGGAAGGUCUACAGCGUGUGGUGCUGGAUCAGCCCCGACACCAAGCUCAAAUGCGUCAAGUUCUUGGGAUAUGAGGUCGACAAGCUUCGCCUGCUUUACGACGGCAUCAUAGUGUACAACCAGACGCCGGCCGAGCUCGAGGUGGAGGACGGCGACGAGGUCGACGUCUUUCUCGAGCGGGUGCUCAGCCCUGGAGAGUUCGCUCCGUUCAAUGCCGGCCAUGACGACGGCAACUGA